AUUUCCAUCCGCCUUUCUACGAGACCCAAAAUCUCUAUCCCUCUUUCUCUGCAUCCUACUCCUACAGCCAUUGCAUUAUUGUCCUCUAGAGAGAGAAAGCGAUUCCCCAGGAUUUCCUCUCCAACGAUCGACAAAAGCGUUGUUUGGUUCUUCCGAUUUCGAUUUUUUUCCCCGGAGAAAAUGGCAAACGGAGCCGGUAGAGUGGAUCUCGACGGGAGGCCGAUUAAGCCGAUCACGAUAUGCAUGAUCGGCGCCGGAGGUUUCAUCGGCUCUCACCUCUGCGAGAAGCUUAUGUCGGAGACGCCGCACAAGGUGCUGGCUCUCGACGUCUAUAACGACAAGAUCAAGCACUUGCUAGAGCCGGACACGCUCCCCUGGGCUGAUCGGAUCCAGUUUCAUCGUAUCAACAUCAAGCAUGAUUCCAGACUUGAAGGACUUAUCAAGAUGGCGGAUCUGACGAUAAAUCUGGCUGCGAUCUGUACUCCAGCAGACUACAAUACGCGCCCUCUUGACACAAUCUACAGCAAUUUCAUUGACGCGCUCCCGGUGGUCAAAUACUGUUCAGAGAACAACAAGCGUCUCAUUCACUUUUCGACCUGUGAAGUAUAUGGAAAAACUAUUGGAAGCUUUCUUCCAAAGGAUCAUCCUCUACGUCAGGAUCCUGCUUACUAUGUUCUCAAAGAAGAUGAUUCCCCAUGUAUUUUUGGUUCUAUUGAGAAGCAGAGGUGGUCAUACGCCUGUGCAAAGCAACUGAUUGAGAGGCUGGUUUAUGCCGAGGGUGCUGAAAAUGGACUCCAGUUCACCAUUGUGAGACCUUUUAACUGGAUUGGACCUAGGAUGGAUUUCAUCCCUGGUAUUGAUGGUCCGAGCGAGGGUGUUCCCCGGGUGCUAGCAUGCUUUAGUAAUAACCUUCUACGUGGUGAGCCUCUGAAGCUUGUGGAUGGUGGUCAAUCACAGAGAACUUUCGUCUACAUCAAGGAUGCUAUCGAAGCUGUCCUUUUGAUGAUUGAAAACCCAGAAAGGGCCAGUGGCCAUAUCUUCAAUGUAGGCAACCCGAACAAUGAAGUUACAGUGCGGCAACUUGCUGAGAUGAUGACCGAGGUUUACUCGAAAGUGAGUGGAGAGAGUGCGCUGGAGAAUCCGACGAUAGACGUAAGCUCAAAAGAAUUCUACGGAGAAGGAUACGAUGACAGUGACAAGAGAAUCCCAGACAUGACCAUUAUUAACCGCCAACUCGGAUGGAACCCGAAGACGUCGCUAUGGGAUCUGCUGGAGUCGACGUUAACGUACCAGCACAGGACCUAUGCCGAGGCCGUGAAGAAGGCCGUGUCCAAACCAAUGGCCUCCUAAGGUGGACGAGAGAUUUGGUAUUAUUUCAAAAGAGAAACUGUGGCCUUGAAAUAGCCAACCCAAAAAAAAAUCAUCGGCUCAUAACUAUAUGAUUCUUUUCUUUUUCACCCGAGGAACUUUUUCCCGUUUUUUUUUUUUUUUUUUUUUUGAAGCAAAUAGGGUAUCUUUGAUGGUUGAUGUUGUGGUAUACCUUUAUAAUUUUGUUUUUAAAAUUUUGGGUCCAAUCUGUCA